AUGAUUACAAUGUCAAAUCCCACUGCAAAGCUCCUGCUGAUUCCUCAUUUUGACAUUUUUCCAGAUAAGCCAAGCAGUAAGAAAGCAGGUAGCUCUUCAGUGAGCAGACUCUGUCCAGCAGGUUGUGCAUCAUGCUCGGCCCUGAAUGGCUGUCUGUCCUGUAAACCUCGCCUCUUCUUCCACCUGGAGCUGGAUGGGAUAAGGCAGAGGGGCACCUGUCUGUCCUCCUGUCCCCGGGGCCACUAUGGCAUGCGCUCGCCACACAUCAACACCUGUACUAGGUGCAAAGAGGAGUGCGCUUUCUGCUUCAGUGAAAAUUUCUGCACUCGUUGUCAUGCGGCCCACUUUCUGUUCCGCGGUAAAUGUGAAAAUAGCUGUCCAAAUGGGCUGACGGCAAACACGGCACUGCGAGAAUGCACAGAGUGCCCUAUAGGCUGUGAAGUGUGUGUGAGGAGGAACGUGUGUCUGAGGUGUAGAGCGGAUCUAUACUUUCUCCAUGGGCAGUGCCACCUUACCUGCCCAAGUGGAUCUGAGCCUGAUGUACAGGUCAUGCAGUGCAUCCCCCAAGUGAACUGUGAAGUUGGGGAAUGGACAGAGUGGGGUCCAUGUAUGCAGAAAAGGAGCAUGCGGCCCUACAGCAGGGGCAAGGAGACGCGCACCCGACAAAUUCUGAGGGCCCCGAGUCUCUUCGGUGACCCCUGCCCACAUGUCUCAGAGAUCAGGAAGUGUGUCCUCAAAAAGAGACAGAGUCCAAGGAAGUUGUCAUGA